AUGGGUGUCUAUCGCGUCGAGGUCUCCCCUAACAACCGCGCUGGCUGUCAAGUCAAGGAAUGCAAAGAAGCUGGCUCAAAGAUCACAAAGGGCCAGUUCCGCUUUGCGGUUCAGGUCACCAUCCAUGAGCAUGUCAGCUGGCAAUACCGCCAUUGGGGAUGCGUUACCCCCAAGCAGAUUGAGAACCUGAUCGAGGUGUCCGGAGGCGACACUGACAUGGUCGACGGCUACGACGAGUUGCCUGCAGAGUUCCAGGAGUCGGUCAAGUUUGCGCUGGAGAACGGCCAUAUCCCAGAUGCCGACUGCACGCAUCCUGAGGAUGUUGAAUAUAACCGACCAGGCGCUAAGAAGCCUCGAGCGAAGAAAGCCAAGAAGGCCGACGACGAGGACGGCGAUGACGCGGACGAGAAACCUAAGAAGAAGCCCGCAGCCAAGGGCAAGAAGAACGCCGUCAAAGACGAAGACGAUGAGGACGCGCCUGCGCCAGCCCCGAAGAAGCGCGGUCCCAAAGCCAAGAAGGUCAAGGAUGAAGAGGAGGAGGAUGCCCCAGCUCCCGCCCCGAAGAAGCGUGGUCGGCCAGCCAAGAAAGCGGUCGCUGAGGAAGAAGACGGCGACGAGGAAGAGGCAGCUCCUCCGGCCAAGAAGGCUCGUGCCAGCGGCAGGACCAAGAACGCCCCCAAGUACAACGACAGCGAGGACGAGGCCCCUGCCCCCAAGAAGGCCCGCGGCAAGAAGGCUGCGCCCAAGCAAGAGCCAGUAGACGAAGACGAGGAUAUGGCUGAGGAUGCCCCGGCUCCCAAGAAGGCCCGAGGCAGGAAGGCCGCAGCGGCCAAGGUCGAGCCUGAGGCCGGCAGUGACGUCGAGGAGGAAGCUCCCGCGCCUAAAAAGGUUCCCCAGAAGAGGGGCCGCAAGAAGGCUGUCGCAGCCGACGAGUAA